AUGUCCUCGCCACGCCCUCCCAUUGCCCUCAUCACCGCCGGCUCAGCGGGCCUCGGGGCCUGCGUUGCCGAGCUCUUCGCCCGCAACGGCAUGCGUGUGGUUAUCAACUACGCCAACAACGUCCAGCGCGCCGAGGACCUGGUCUCCAAGCUGAAAUCCAUCAGCACCCUGGCCCCCACCGAGGGGAGGGUUGACUACCACGCCGUCAGGGCGGACCUGGCCUCCCGGGCGGACGUCGAGCGGCUGGUCAAGGAGGCCAUGGACGUCAUGUGCCCUUCCAGCGGCGGGGGCGAGGGCGAGGGCAAGCGACGCCUGGACGUCGUCUUCAGCAAUGGAGGCUGGACCCACAUGCGGAACCUCUACGACCUCGAGGAUAACAUGGUCGACGAGGACUGGGACAGGUGUUUUACCGUGAAUGUCAAGAGCCACCUGUGGCUGAUGCAUGCGGCGAAGCCGUAUCUCUCUGCUGGAUGGGACGACGAGGACGGUGGCCCCAAGGAGAGCGGGUGUUUCGUCACCACCGCGAGCCUGGCCGGCGUCAAGGUCAGCGGGAGCUCCCUCGCCUAUUCUGUCACCAAGGCCGCCCACCUUCAUCUUGCCAAGGCGUUGGCCAUGCUCGCUGCACCCAAGGUGAGGGUGAACAGUGUGAGCCCUGGUUUGUUGCUGACGGAAUGGGGACUGAGUUUCCCUCCCGAGAGGAUACAGGCGAUGACUGAGGCGUCCAAGCUGAAGACAUUGGCCACAGUUGAAGACGUUGCGGAACAGGUUCUAACAUACGUGAAGAAUAAGAGCGUUACGGGACAGAACAUGGUCUUGGACGGUGGGUUAUCAGUGUAA